GCACAACUACCGGAGAUAGUCGAUUUCGUAUCUUUGAUUACAGCAGUCGCGUGCGUUCGUGGGAGCAAGCACGCACUGCAUGCCGCAGACUGGGUCGAGGAUGGGACUUGGUUAAAAUCAAUAAUAGGAGAGAGGAUAACAUUGUCAAAACAUUUCUGAGGGAGGAGUGCAGCAAUCGCGGUGAUGGUUGGUUUAUUGGCGGGAAAUCUACAAAUGGCCGAUGGAGAUGGGCAGAUAACUCUAGGAUGACAUAUACAAACUUUCCUCGACCUCUGCCCCCAAUCAGCUCCUUUGGUGUUCGCAGGGGCAUUCCACAGAUGACAGUGGUUAACUACGCAGUUAUUUUCAAAAAUGAUUUCCAGUGGGGAUAUGUGGCUCCCCGUCCACCACCGAGAAUGGGCUACAUUUGUGAAAAACAAUGUCCUUUCCUUGGGGACCUGACAUAAUUGGUGGUGUUAGACCCGUUUCUAUAUAGAUACAUGUACAUGUGUACACGUAAACAUGCAAAUAAAUACAUGUUAUUUCUAACUUCAUAA